CGAGGUCCUCUUCUUCCCCCGAGCACAACAUCGCUUUUCGGCGGUGAAAGACUCUCCCCCACUCCACUCAGCACCGUGUCAGUUGAAGGAACAAUGGCGGACUCUACCAAGAAAUCGGCGCCUCAGAAGUCGCUCACACGGGUACAAACAACGUCAAGAAACACCAACAGGACGACUGAGAAUGGCUCUGAAUUGUCAGGUGGAUGAGGUGAGCGACGAGGGGGACGACCAUCCUGAACACGAAAGCACCGUCUCGCCAGCCGGUGAGCCCAUCACACACUCCAAGAGUGCCGCGCUGACCGUGCAGAGCAGCAGGGGCCACCUGUCGGCCUCCCACAGCGACAUCGACAUCAUCGGCGUGUCCUCCAGUGGGGCCCAGCGGAUGACCACCAAGGAGGAGAUUGACGAGAUGCUCGCCAAGACAAGACAACGCAUCACCUCAUUCAAGGCCAAAAGGGAGGAGAGAGCCGCGCGACUGUCGUCCCUCAAGCAGGUGACCACAAGAACAAUCAUUGGGGGGUAUCUGUGUAUUGUCUGUCUCCUUUCUUGUAUGUCUGUGUGUCUUCCCUCAGGACUUCAUGCAGUUGAAGAGACAGAUGGUGCAGCUGUCCCGGGAUCAGCAGCACGCAGUGUACUGCGCGACCAGACAGCUGGGCAUGUAUGACUCCUAGCCACACGGCUAUACCCUUGUUCAUUGCUUUGGGGGCUGGCUGUUUGGUGGGAUGGGAUCUUUUUCUCUUCCAUUCUGGCUGACGGACUCA